AAUUCAUUAUCCGAACAACCUUUGACCGAAGAUGCAUCAAACAGUGAAACACAUCCACUUGGUGGUUCAUGUCCGGAUUUAUCAAAUUCACAACUUUUACUAUGGGAUAACUAUCUCUUUGAUACCAUCAUGAAUGAAACAAACAAUAUGAUCGAUGAAGAAGGUGCAAAUACAUUAGCAAUUGAUCCAAUGGAACGAUCUGGUUAG